CCGGCACCAGCCGAUAUCAUCAUCGACGAAGAUGAGUACAACUCGGACUCGGACUCAGAUUUCCAACUCGACGACGAUUUCGCCGCCCAGAACGACGACGAUGCCGGGUUGACCUCGUCGGACGAGGACAACGACGAGGCAGCAGCAUCAGCAGCAGCAGACGGACAACCCAAGGCAAAACGGCGGAAGACGACCACCACUGCCGCCACGCAAGAUUCCGCUACGAUUGGGGAGUUAGAUUCCGGCGACGAGGCUACGAUCCAAAAAGACAAGGCGAAGCGGAAGACUGAAGAUGACGAGGAGGAAGAGGGAGGCACGGGGGGAUUUGUCCGAACGCGGGCUAUGAAGAUGCGCGCGCAAGACGAACGCAAGCCCCUCGCCAAGAUCGACGGCGCGACCGUGGACGUCGAUGCGCUCUGGGCGAUGAUGAAUGCACCGGAGAACAACAGCGGGCUGCACGCGGGCAGCAGCAGCAGCAGCAGCAGCGGGAAGAACGACGACAGCGCACCGACGACUCAGAAUGGCGACGUGGAGAUGCAAGAAUCCUCCACCGAAGCAGACCUCCAGACAAAACAGCAGCAGAAACCAUCGAAAUAUGCCGAGGAGAUGGUCAAGAUCAAGCGCACCUACAAGUUCGCAGGGGAGAUGAUCACGGAGGAGAAGAUCGUCCCGAAAGACUCGGCCGAGGCGAAGCUGUACCUCGCCAACAACGGCGAUGCGAAUGUCGAGACGGUCACGGUGGCGGCGAUGGAGGAUGCCACUCUCACCACCACCACGGAGGAUUUGGCGAUCAAGCUACGAAGGCCGCUGCGCCGGGUCUCGCGGUUCGACCCCAACCCGACCGGGGCGAUCAAGAAGAGCUGGGAGAAGCAGCCGGCCGCCGGAAUCACCGGGCAGGACGAGAACGCCCGGGGCCCGAAGAUCAACACGGUCGAGAAGUCGCGGAUGGACUGGGCCGCGUAUGUGGAUAGUGCGGGUCUCAAGGAUGAGCUCAAGGUGCACAGCAAGGCCAAGGAGGGCUUCCAUGGCCGCAUGGAGUUCCUGGACCGCGUGGGUGCGAACAUUGAGGAGGAGAGGCGGAACGCGCGUCUGAAGGGAUUGUGAACAGGGAUAACUGCACCGCUUCUUCUUCUCGUUGCAUACGAAUUGCAACCCCCAGUAUCCUUUGGGACCGCCAAUCAGAAUCAGCAUGUUCGACACGCACACUCUGAUGCCCAUGUUGAUAUUGCUGUCGGGUUCCCCGUCUACGGCAUCGGGCAUCGAAAGACCGACUAGCUAGCUGCUUUCACAGGCACCGAUCGCUUACAAUCUGUGUGUGUGUAAGCGAUCAGACUGGCGGACGAACCAUCUCGCCUGCGCAUAAAUCUACGCCCGCGGUGAACAAACUAUCAGACCCACUACGCCAUGUCAGUCUAUUGACUUGGCCCCAUGCACUUCGCUUAUGAAGCAAAGAACUCGAUUAGACCGGAUAUAUACUUGGCAUAUGAGGCUUGAUGAAAGUUGCCAGCCUCCCACAGCACGCCGUUAUGGUCUUGACG